GGCGUGGUUAUGAGGUAUUAGCCGAGGAAAUUCAGGGAGAGGUGUUUUGGAUUUGCAGUGGGAGCCAGAUCUUUAACAAAUUAGGCUGAUCCUUAUUGGUGUAUCCAAUCGUGUUUCUCCUGUUAUUUGGAACUUUUGAUUUUGGAAGAGCAUGGAAAUGGGCAACCAGCAUCCCUCCAUGAUUCGGCUCCAGGAAAUCAUGAAGGAAGUCAAGGACCUCAGCUCACAGGUGGUGUCUUUCAGUGGCCUGCAAACUGACAAGGAUUACUGCAAACUGGAAAGAGCUUUGACCAGACAGCUGUUUGAGAUUGACUCGGUGGACACAGAGAACAAGGGGGACAUCCAGAGGGCUAAGAGGGGGGCCACCAAUGAGGUCCAAAGUCUGCUUGAGAUUCUACAGCAAAACGUCAACCACCCGUCCCGGGUGGAGAUCGAGAGGAUCUACCUUGAGGCACAGAACCUGGUCGCCCAGGAGGUGACGCCGCUGAGGGGAGGAGGGGGAACCAUCAGCGACGAGUUUGUGGAUGGCAUCCAGGAUGUCAUUUUGAGACUGACUCAGAUCAGAACCGGGGGAAAAGUACAUUUGCGGAAAGCCAGGUACCGUGCACUGACUAGGGUGUGUGCAGUGCAGGAUAUCAUAGAGAGCUGCAUGAAGCAGCAGGCUCUAUCACUCCCCCUUUCCAACAACACCCAUGGCUCAGUCACCAAGAUCAACUCUAUCAUGGUGGAGGUCAACAAGUCCCGUGGUGACUUUAUCGCUCUCCUGAUGGGACUGAACAGCGGGGACAGCUGCGGGCGCCUCUCCCGGGUGCUCACAGGGUUUCUUGUCGAGCUGGAUGCCCUGGAUGUAUCCGGGAACACAGAGGUCCGAAACUACAGGAAGCAGGUGGUAGAGGAGAUCAACGGGCUGCUGAAACACUUGGACCUGGAAGGAGAAGGGGACGCCACCUGCAGGUAUGACCUGGCCCAGAAUGAUUCCAUCCAGAAAAUCGAGCAGAUCCGUCACACGGUGGCCCAACUGCGGGGCCAUCUCCUAACGAUCGAGAAAGCCAACGAGCUUCACUUCAAACACAAGGCAGAGCUGCAGGGGCUGCUGACCAGGCUGGACGAGGUGAGCACUGCCAGGAACCCCUGCAUCCGUGAAGCCAGGCGGAGGGCGGUUUUGGAGGUGCAGGCUGUCAUCACCUACAUUGACCUGAUCGAAGCGCUGAGGAAGAGGGCUGGCGAUACCUGCAUGGAGGAGCACCCCUCCCACAAGGCUGUCUGGAACGUGCUGGGGAGCCUCUCCGAACUGCAGAGGCAGGUGCUUGUCUUUGAAGGCAAAAGAGCCGACAAGAACUAUAAGUUGCUGGAGGAACUUCUUACUAAGCAACUCUUAGCACUUGAUGCAGUAGAUCCCCAGGGAGAUGAAAUGUCCAAAAUUGCCCGGAAACAGGCAGUCAAGUUUGCUCAGAACAUUCUCAGCUACUUGGAUAUGGAGACAGAUGAAUGGGAAUACUAGUACAUGUAUGAUGUCACUCGUAUUAAUCGUUCUUUGUACCUUGGGUUUGUAACAUAUCAUAAAAACAGUAUGUCAUUUCCGACUGACUGAAGAUCCAUAUGAAAAGAAACCGAUAAAAUGUCAGUCUCUGCAAAGACAACUGGGUAAUCCUUUUAGUUUUUUUUUUUUUUUUUUUAACUCUAUGACAAAAUACAGAUCCUUAUUUUGAAGAGUGUUAAUGUAAUUUAACGUGUCCUUUAAAAGCCAGCAUAUUUGAUCCUGAACUACUUUGGGUUUGUUUUAUUAGAAUUGCUCUAGUUUAAAUACAUAUGCCCCUUGGACUACAGUUGCUCCCUGUCAUAUUUCACUGCUUAUACUUUUCCGCCUGAAUAUCUGUGAAUUAUUCAAGUGACCUGUAUAUAGUAUCUGCUUUCAUAAUCUUUAAGCUGGUUAAAAAAUAUAAUUAAAUAGUGUAUUGUUUAGUGUAAAUUCUUAAAAAAAACAACAUUAAUUUAUUGUAUAGCAAAUGCCAAAAAACAUAAUUUAACGACACUGUAAUUCACUAUCUUCUGCCAUUUAUGCCUUGUACUGAGUACAGAAUUGUGUGAUUGAGUGAGUGGUUAAUCAAGUCACAUCAAAAUGUAACCAGUUAUGUACAUUAGAAAUGUAUUUAUUAGAUAUUUUACCAUUCCUAAACAGUGCACUAAAGUUUAUGAGUGAUGUAAUGAAUGUUUAAGUAUGUUGCUACAGUGUAGUAAAAAAAAUAAUGUUUGCAGUAAAAUAAACGUGAUAAUAAAAUGCAUGCUAAACUGGAUUUCAGUUUUAGAAAGUAGUGAAUAGCAGGAAGUAAAUCAUUUUCCACCCUUUGUUAUUUUGUUAAGUUGUUGCUAAUGUAAGCUGAAUGACAGAUCUCACAGCAGACAUAAAUGAUGUAUGAUCUAAGAAA